AUGCUUGAUUCACUGUCACAGCUACUCCUUCUUCUAGGACAAAUCUUUGCAAUGUUGUUCUCUUGGUCUUUGCCUACUCUCUUUACUCUCUUCGCUGGGUUUCAGCAAGUCGUUGACGCCACGCCACGGUAUUGCCCACCUUACGGUCCUGUUUUGCCUGCACCGAGACAAGCGAGUCAGCAUCCCGCCGUGCAAUAUGCCGUUGACACCAUUACCACUGUUCUGAAGGGACAAACCGCAGGCUUCAAUCUCUCUGGUGUCUCGGUUGGCGUAAAGUCCAUUUACGAGGAUGAACCUUUGCUUGACUUCCACUACACGCCUUCGACCGUAAAUCCGAAGGAAGGUGUGUUCACAGUUCUUGCGGCUUUGCGUCUAGCAGAGGACAAGGUGUUGAGCAUGAAUGAUCCUGUGACUCGCUGGAUUCCAGAACUUGCUCACGGCGAUGGCUCUCAUUCUGGCGAUGAGCUUGAUGUUAUCCACUGGGACGACAUCACUGUCGGCGACGCUGCGGCACAUCUAUCUGGCCUUGGCGGAGAUAUGACGACUGAUAUCUCUGCUUUCCCCUUCGACUGGGAAGCUCUUGGCCUCCCGAAGCUGUCAAAGAAUAACAAGAUCCCAUCUUGCAAAGGUCUGCCAGGAGUGCCAGUCUGCACCCGAAAAGACUUCCUCAACAUCUUCAAAUCCUACCGUCCUCCCGUAUACCAGCCUAGCCAAUCGCCAGUCUACUCCAAUGCAGGAAUUAGUCUUGUCGGCCUUGUCGUCGAGGCAGCAUCGAAGAAGCCCUUUGACGCUGCUAUCAACGAUCUGGUUCUUAAACCCCUAGGUCUCAAGCAGACAUACUCUGGUAUCGUCCCAGAAAACUCGAAAAACAUGUUCAUUCCUGCUGGAAGCGCUGAUUGGGCCGCUGACAUCGGAAUCUUUGCUCCGGCCGGCGCGAUAGGCUCUAGCACAGCCGAUAUGCUUUCCUUCAUGACCAGUAUUCUGAAGGACAAAGCCCUUUCUCCAUCAAACACCCGCCGCUGGCUCAAGCCAAACACAUUCACAUCAACGUGGAGUGCAUCUGUUGGAUCUCCUUGGGAGAUAUAUCGCGUCGAUAACUUGACUUCUGACGGUCGUAUUAUCGAUCUAUACACCAAGGGCGGUACUCUAAGCGGCUAUCAAUCCGGUAUGGCCAUGAUUCCUGACACUGGCCUUGUUGUGUCUGUCCUUGGUGCGGGACCAGAGGUUUCCAGUGUUUGGGCACAACUAGCGACUCUUAACAUGGUAGAAGCGCUGAUCCCAGCUAUGGACAUGGCAUCUCGUGAUGAAUCCAAGGCCCGUUUCGUUGGGCAAUAUGUUGACAAGAAGACGGGGUCUUCGCUUACCCUCUCUUUGGAUGAAGGGCCUGGUCUGGUGUUGAGUGGCUGGACUGCCCGAGGCUUCGACAGCCUACCCAACUUGAACCGUUUCCAGCCUGGAAGAUACAACGAUACAACACAUUCUGGAAUCAAGAGCAUCAGAAUGUACCUUACUAGUAGUGAGAAUCAGUCCCGUGCCGCAUGGAGAGCAGUAUUCCCGACACUCAACGACACUGAAGCUGAAAUGAUUGAAGGCUUGACCAAAGUUAGAAAUGUAACUUGCAUUACUUGGCACAUGCUCGAUCGCUUUAUUUACAAUGGCCUUUCCAUGGACCACUUUGAGUUCAAGUAUGGGAAGGAUGGCAGGGCUCUUAGUAUCAAGUCGAAGGCAUUUGACAUCGAGAUGAAUAGGGUAGAGAAAAAGGCGUGA